AUGAAACUCCCCCCAGGAUAUCGCUUCAAGCCUUUAGAGGAAGAGCUCAUCACUCUCUAUCUCAAACCCAGAGUCCUGGCCCAACAGGAUCCCUUCAAUGCUGUCCAGGAGUGCCAAUUGUACGGCCCCAAUGCCAAUCCCUGGCACCUCCUUCCCCCGGAUACUGAUUCUUGGCUCCUGUCUGAAGUGAGUCCGGGAAAGCUCGAGAAAGUGACGUAUGUUUUCGUGAGUUUAACCAAGAAGUCUGGCAAGAUGAAGAAUAACCCUAGGGCUGCUAAGGAGAAUUACACCAAGAAGGCUGGGUGUGGGACGUGGGAUGGCCAGACGAAGCGGUACGAGAUCAGGGAGCGUGACAGUGGGGAUCUUGUGGGGGAGAGGAGGUUCUUGGUUUUCGAGAUUAAUGAUGUGGAGGGUGUGGAGUUGAGUAAGGUGGGGCAUUGGAAGAUGCAUGAGUUUCACUUGAGUGGAGUUAAUGAGAGGAUUGCGAAUCCCUGUAAUGUUGUUCUGUGCAAGAUUACUCUGGACUUGUCGAAAGGCCCUCUGGUUAAACUCAAGAAUGUUUGUGAUCCGCCUGUCAAAAGUGGCAGAAAGUUUCAACACAGGAAUGCCAAUGUGGAUAGAAAUCAGGGGCCUGUUUCUUGUCAGAGGAGUCGUCGUGAUUCAGAAAUGUUGGAGAGUGGCAGGGUUGAGGAAAAAGAAGGGGAUAAGGGGAAUAAUAUCGUCGAAAUGUGUGAUCGAGUGGAAUGUAUGAGUAUUGAUCAUGGUAAUGAUUGUGCGGGUUCAGUGAAUUCACCAUCAGAACAAGUAAAUACAGAAAAUUUUGAGCCUGCUAUGAUUGCUCAGGAAAAUAAAGAGGAAGAAAGUGGAAGAGGGAAAUUUCUUUUUGGCAUGACUAAGGUCCAGUUUUCCGGCCAUUCCAACCCUCAAGAAGAGGACUCCGUUUAA